ACUGACUUGUGCCCUGCGAAAUGUGUUCUAUCACUAUUCAGUUUUCUCUUCGUGAAUCUUGUGAAGUGUUGUUGGGUUGAUAAAAACUUCAUUUAUUAAAUUUUGUUACGUGCCUGUGUAUCGUGUUAAAAAUAAUAUAGUGUUCACAAAAACAUAGGAGUGCAUAAUGGAAGAUAAAUUAAUGUUGGAUGAUUUGACGAGCAAUUUGCGAGAACGGGUUUUUUUUGCUGCCAGAGAUGGAAUGUCUUUAACUCUUUACGCUUUGCUGUAUGAGAAGAGUACUGACGAAAUUGACGAUUUAUUGAACAGCGACGUUUGUUACGACGGAGUUAAAUGCACGCCACUGAUCGCAGCGGCGCGGCACGGGCGCGAGGGUGCCGUCAGAAUACUCCUAGAGAAGUUCAGGCCACCAGUCCGACUGGAGACAGAGGGCACAGUCAAAUUCGACGAAUAUGUCAUAGAGGGGGCAACGGCGCUGUGGUGUGCGGCCGGGGCGGGACACCUCGGCAUUGUAAAGAGGUUGGUGCGGGCCGGUGCCAACGUGAACCACGCCACCAAGACCCUCAGCACACCGCUCCGAGCCGCCUGCUUCGAUGGCCGGCUGGAUAUAGUCAAAUAUCUCGUCAGGCAUGGCGCAGACAUACACAAGACAAAUAAGUAUAACAACACUUGCCUGAUGAUCGCUUCGUACAAAGGACAUUUGGAUGUGGUCCAGUUCCUGCUGGACGCGGGCGCGCGCGUGGACGAGCGCGCGCUGUGCGGCGCGACGGCGCUGCACUUCGCCGCCGAGUGCGGACACGCCACCGUCGUCUGCGCACUGCUCGACCACAACGCGAAAAUACUCACCAAUGAAAAUGGUAUGACGCCACUGCAGUGCGCGGCGGAGCGUGCGCGUGCGUCGGUGGUGGAGAUACUAGCCGCGCGCCCCGACGUCACUCGCGCGCAGGCCAUCGAGGCCUUCGAGCUGCUCGGCGCCUCCUUCGCUAACGACAAGGAGUAUUACUGUCUGAGGAUGGCGUACCAGUAUCUACACAGAGCGAUGGCGAUGCGGUACGACACGCGCUACGGGCUGCUGCUCAAGAAGCCGGCCGAGCCGAUACCGGCUUACGAUAAUUGGAGGGAGACCACCACGUUAGAGGAGGUGGAGCGGCUGAGCGGCAACGCGCACGCGCUGCACAUGGAGGGGCUGUGCGUGCGCGAGCGCGUGCUGGGCGCGGCCUGCCCCGACCUGCCGCACCCCAUCGUGUUCCGCGGCGCCGUGUUCGCCGACGAGGCGCGCUUCGACCGCUGCCUCGCGCUGUGGCGCCACGCGCUGCACCUGCGACACCAGAACGAGGUGUCCGUCGUAAAAGACUUGCUCAGAUUUGCUCAAGUUUUCUCACAAAUGAUACACAUCGGGAUAGAACUACCUCUAAGCCAAGUUUGUUACGUUCUCGAGGCGUGCGCGGAGGAGUUGCGGCGAGGCAUGAAGAGGAUGGAGAAACCGCAGAUAAUACACGACCCAGAUACACUCGUGGAGGAGUACGAGAGUAACGUCCGGACCGCGCUGUACCUGGUGGCGGUCGCCGCGAGGCUGCUCGACAACGCCACCAACAGCGAGCAAGACACAGCAUGUUCGAUCCGGAGAGCGAUAUUCCGGCUUCGUAACGUGCGCAUGCGCACCGGACAAACGUUGUUGCACAUGGCGGCGGACAGGAGGACGCCUGUAGACGAUUUCCACACGAGCGACGUAUGCCAGUUCCCGUGUGCACGCACGGCGCGGCUGCUGGCGCAGUGCGGCGCGAGCGUGGACGCGCACGACGCCGUGCGCCGCAGCCCGCUGCACGUCGCGCUGCUCGCCUACCAGCUCGCCACCGGUAACUCAGACGAUAGAGAGCAGUGGAACGAAGCAUUAUGCGCGGUGGUGUGCGAGCUGCUCAGUAGGGGAGCGCACGUCGACGCCAUGGACGUAGACGGGAUCACACCACUUGUAGCAUCUAUUGGAGGUCCCGCGGAGUCUCUCGUCCGGGCAGCGCUGCGGCCGCGCCUGGCGUGCCUGGCCGCGGCCGCGCUGGCGCUGCACGGCGCGCGCUUCCGCCCCGACCAGGUGCCGCGCGACCUGCACGCCUUCCUGCUGAUGCACGGCGUGCCGCCGCUCCACUAGCACGCGCCCCCCCUCCCCAACACGCCCGAACACCCCGCCGUAGCCAAACUUGUCAACAUGUUUCGUUUCCUCUACGCGUGGGAUUCGAUAUAAGGCUACAAACUGCAAUGACUGUGGGAUACAAUGUAGGCUACACUGGGCCGCAAUGACUAUCCCUAUGUGGGUGGAAGUGCGUGUAUUCUCAAUUGAGCUAGUUUAUUCGUUUUUUUAUUUAGACGUUGAACAACGUUUUGGAAUUUGUUUGUUUUCAACGUCGAUUACGAAGACACCAUUAAAUAUUCGUUGAAUAUCGAUUAAAAUGUACGACGUAAUGAAGUAUCGAGGAAGUCAUUUCUGAGCAUCGAUUAAAAAUGUAAGUAGUUUACGAUACGCUAAGAUUUUUCUAUCCUUUAUUUAGCCUGUUUACGAUUAACUAUUGUAGCUAAUUCGAUAUAAGCUAAUAUGCUAUAAAAUAAGCUUAGCAAGGGCAGAGAUCAAAAACAUUUUGAAUUGCAUUGUAUUACGGCCUAAAGUGCAUUUAUGUCCCCUGUCUAUCUAGUCAUUCGCGCAAACUCCUUUGUCUUCCAAUUAUCGAUACUUUUAUAUCGAAUUAUCGAUGUUUAGAAUUGACCUCCUCGACGCCGGUUCUAGUUUGGAAUCGAAAUAUGGCGUUUAUAAAAAAAUAAAAUGAACACAGGGCUCCAAUGUGUUCAGACGAUUUUGUCCAAUCGAUGGCUCAAAUAUUUAUAUGAAUUAUGUCGAUAAAACGUAUCGUAGGGGACGUAUUGUGAUAAUAAUAUAGAUUAAAUAAUGUAUAGAUAUUAAGGUUAAGACUAGAGAGCGUGCAGACGGGUUGCAGUAUACAUGGAAUUGCUAUGUUUGUAGGUAAAUGUAGAUAUUGUACAAAUAUAGAAGGUUAUCUCGAUUAUUGUAGAAUAAAUUACGUCAGUAAAUAGUAAAUACAAAUUCACAAUACAUAAAAAAAUUUCAUAUAGUAAGUAAUUCCUUAAUCAAUACCGAUAGCGAAUACUGCUUCCUAUCCUAUAAAAUCGUUUAGAAUCGAUACAAAUCGAGUUAGCGACCCGUCUACGCCACUCUUGAAAUGCGCUGAGUGCCUUUGCAAAGGCAAGAAUUCGAUGUAAAAUUAAAUAUUUUUUCUCUAUUUUGAUGUAUAGAGAUUAAUGAUUAAUAACAAUCAUCUAUGGAUUGCUCUGUAUAUAUUUAUUUGUAGAUAAACAAUUUGAUAAUACGCACACGUAUAGGUAAAGGAUUGUAGAAAAUAUUCAUAAGGAAACACCCGUUUAACUAACAAGUCUUUUCCAACAUUAAAAACGUAGUAAAGUUAUGAUACCUAUUGUAGAGUAUGUUAUGAAAUGACCCCCUUCAUAUUUAAAAUCUUGUUUAGUUUAAGACCCUGUUCAGAUGAAUGCAAGUAUUUUGUAAGUGUAACGCACGGCUCAGUAUGUAAACACCUCGAUCAAAAUACACGUACAUAAUUUUUAAUGCGCAUCUGCUUGUCAUAUAAACAGGGUCUAGUAGUAGUACCGCCAGACUGCUAGACAAUCGAUUCGAAAUUGUAUCGAUAACAUUUUCGACAUGGACUGCUAUACAAUCGAUUCGGAAUUGUAUCGAUAUGAUUUUUUAUAUGAAUUCAUCUUAUAGAUAAAAAUAUACUCUGACAAAUAGAUUUAAACGGGUGUUUCGACCGAGUGGCCUACAACGAUUUCGAUAAAUUGUUAGUUACUAACAAGAAAUUCUAGUCAAUAUGUAAAAAUGUUUAAUAUCUAUCAACUAUGUUGUUCCUAUAUUUUAUUUUUUAUUUAAUACCAGUCUGAAGCCUAUUAAUAAGUAGCAAUACGCGAAUUUAUUCCCCGUGAUAUAUUAUUUGCUAUCUAUAUUAGAUUUUAAGGCGGCUGACACUUCUUUCUACAUUAUUCUUCUAUAGAUUUCCGAGCAGCGAAUAGUUGUAGAUUGUAAAUUCGAUUUCUGAUAAAUAAAUAUUAAAUAACUAUGUCAUGGGAUCUAUCUUUAGCUUUUCAAUACGUGUUCAAAUCGAUAGUUUGGCGAGAUUAUAUCGAUAAUGCUCAUUUCGAUUUAUCGAUAUCCGUUAUCAGAAAGCUAUCCUGUUACUAUCGAUGGGAUUCUUAUCAAAAUUAUUAAUCUGUUGUAUGAAUAGUUUUCGAUAUUAAAUAAUUUCGUAUUUUGCAUUAAUCGAAAUUUCGCGCUUCGGUUAUCGAUGUAAAAAGAAAAACAUGUCAACUAUAAUUUCACCACUCUUUUCGACUUAUUAUAUUGCAUAUCAAACGAAGCCUCGUAUGAUGAUGUCGUUUUAUAAAAAAAAAUGCUAGAAAAUGAUAAUAGAUACAUAAUCCAAAUUAAAAAUGACAUUAACGGGUAUCCAGAGUUAAUUUGUGGGUUACAUCAAGGGAUGGGACAAAAUAUUUAAAAUAGCAGCUUUAUCGAUAGAUUAGAAAACAUAUCGAUCAUCACACGAGGCACUACUCUAAUGCAUGCCAUAGC